CAAGUGCGAGUGAGUAUUUUGCGAGCGCUUUUUGAAAACGGACGUAGAUGGGGACGUGUCGGCGCAUCGUAAUAAGUCUAACAAAAAUCAGCCGUUGAAAAUCAAUAUUAGUCGUGCAUUAAAAUAAUUUUAAAUUAUCUCAAAAGGUGCAAACAAUUGCAGCAAACAAAAUAGAAGCGAUUUGUAAACAAAUAUUUUAUGUGUUCAAUUAAUAGAUGUAUGAAAAAGCUAUGAUGAUAAGUGUGAUAAUGAUAUAGGAAGAAAUCGUUAAAGUUUUAAGCAAAUACGAAAAUAAAAAUUAAAAGAUGUGUCUAACAAUGUUAAUAUGAUGAUGGAAAAAUCCUGAAAAAUAUUAAAAAAAAUAUAAGAAAAAUUAAAAAAAAAUAUAUAUUCAAAGGAAAAACUAUCAACUCGUUGGAGAAAUUCUGCUUGCUGUAAUUAAAAAAUACUGCGUCAAAAAGUUUUUAUUUUCCUUAAUAAUGGCCUCCGGCUCGUAUAACGAAAAUAAUCAAAAUUCUUAUGGCAAUGCUAAUUAUAAUCCAAAUUUUUUGCAACCGCCAAAUAUUAACGAGCGAUAUAGCCAUACGCAACCAAGAAGAAAAUUUAGUUUUCCCGCCACCCUACACUCAUCCAAUUUGCUGGAAGUAAGUCAAAUAUCCACUCGAAGGCGGUUGAGUAAUGUGGGGGAUGUGGUAACGCGGAAACUAUCCUACACCAUAGGAUGGAAGGCGGCACAGAUACCAGCACAAGAUAUAAUAUCGCAGGGUCGUUGCCUUUGUGGCCAGUAUAUAAAAAGACGUCUACGUCGUUCAGGUCUAUUCAAUAAGAAAUUGGGUUUGCAGCGCAUACGCAGCAUAUUGGGUACCUCGACCAUGUCGGUGGUUCGUGAAGUUUUCCCCGCUGUAAUGGUGUUAGGUGACGAAUUGGAACGCAUGCAUCCCCGCAUUUACACUGGUGUGGCCAGACAAAUAUGCCGUAAUCCUGGCGGUGAAUUUCAAUCUGCCGAUACUGUAAUUUUAUUAGUCAGUGCUGUGGCCAGAGAACUCUUUCGAUUGGAUAUAACCUGGAGUAAAAUUGUUUCCUUAUUUGCCAUUGCCGGUGGUCUUUCCGUGGAUUGUGUUCGUCAGGGUCAUCCCGAGUAUUUGCCAAAACUAAUGCAAAGUGUAUCGGAUGUAAUAGAAGACGAAUUGGUGCCUUGGAUCAAUGAAAAUGGCGGUUGGGUUGGCAUCAACAACCACGUCCAUCCGGCCACAAACACUUUGAAUCCCUUGGAAUGGACUACUAUAAUUGUUGGCAGUAUUUUUGGCUUAGUAUUAGUUUAUAUGUUCAUAAGAUUUCUUAUCACCUACCUAAUUCCAAAAUUAUACGACCGAGUUGUUGGCAAAUAAAAACCAGGAGCAUUGAAAACACAAUUCAUCGAUUUAAAAUGCAAAA